CCCCUCAGUCGAGGUGCUCUCACGCCGCGUGCGCUGACACUAGCUUUAUCUGGAGAGGUGAAGAGCUCUUUCCAAACUUUCCUGGACUUUGAAUCCUGACUUUAUUUCAUGAAAAACACACAUAAUCCCUGCAACUAAUUUCCCUCUCAGUGGUAAAGUUUGCGAACGUGUGUGCAAUCGGCGCCCCGUCCGGGGUGCGUCCCCCUGGGUGAGUUCCCUGGGAUAGGCUCCAGGUUCUCCCGUGACCCUGUGUUGGAUAAGUGUUAUGGAAAAUGGAUGGAACUUGGAGGCUCAAACCUGUUCCAGCGUGACCGUGCUACUGUCCACAAAGUAAGCUCCAUGAAGACAUGGUUUGAGAAGGUUGGAGUGGAAGAACUUGAGAGUCCUGACCUCAACCCCACUGAACACCUUUGGGAUGAACUGGAACACCGACUGCACCCCAGACCUCCUCUCCUAACAUCACUAACGCUCUUGUAGAUGAAUGAAUACAAAUCCCUACAGCCACGCUCUAAAACGUGGACUGGGAUGUUCAGCAGAACAUGGCACACAACGAUUGUUGCAUUGACAAAGAUACAUGGGAGUCUCACAACAGGAUGCUGCAGGAGCCUCUCGGCACCAACGAUCCUGAGGUAUUUGAUAUCAUUAAGAAGGAGAAAAAGAGACAGACGAACGGUUUAGAGCUCAUCGCUUCUGAGAACUUCACAAGUCGUGCUGUUUUGGAGGCAUUGGGCUCGUGUAUGAACAACAAAUAUUCAGAAGGAUAUCCUGGCCAGAGAUACUAUGGUGGCACGGAGCAUGUGGAUGAACUGGAGCGUCUCUGUCAGCAACGAGCGUUGAAGGCUUAUGGUCUUGACCCGGAGAAAUGGGGUGUGAAUGUGCAGCCUUAUUCCGGGUCACCUGCCAACUUUGCAGUGUACACGGCAGUCGUGGAGCCUCAUGGAAGGAUCAUGGGUCUGGAUCUCCCUGACGGUGGACACUUGACCCAUGGAUUUAUGACGGACAAGAAAAAAAUUUCCGCCACCUCCAUUUUCUUUGAGUCUAUGCCGUACAAGGUAAACCAGGAGACUGGUUACAUUGAUUACGACCGACUACAGGAAAAUGCUCGUCUGUUCCACCCAAAAUUGAUCAUUGCAGGUACCAGUUGCUACUCGCGUAACCUGGAUUAUAGUCGCCUGCGGACGAUUGCAGACGAGAAUGGGGCGUACCUGCUGGCUGACAUGGCUCACAUUAGUGGACUUGUUGCAGCUGGAGUGAUUCCAUCUCCCUUUGAUUACUGUGAUAUCGUUUCCACAACUACCCAUAAGACCCUGAGAGGCUGCAGAUCUGGAAUCAUCUUUUACAGGAAAGGUGUGCGCAGUGUGGAUGCAAAAACAGGGAAGGAAAGUCUUUACAACUUGGAGAGUUUGAUCAAUCAGGCUGUGUUUCCUGGCCUGCAAGGAGGACCUCAUAACCAUGCCAUUGCAGGAGUGGCUGUAGCACUGAAGCAGGCAAUGACUCCAGAGUUCAAGGUCUACCAGUUACAAGUGCUGGCAAAUUGCAAGGCUUUGUCAGCGGCUCUGGUUGAAAAGGGCUACAAAAUUGUCACCGGUGGUUCUGAUACUCAUCUAAUCUUGCUUGAUCUCCGUCCAAACGGAACUGAUGGUGGAAGGGCAGAGAAGGUGCUGGAGGCCUGUGCUAUUGCUUGUAACAAGAAUACCUGCCCAGGUGAUAAGAGUGCCUUGCGCCCAAGCGGUCUCCGUUUAGGCUCUCCUGCUCUCACGUCGCGAGGGCUAGUGGAGGAGGAUUUCCGCAUGGUUGCAGAAUACAUUCACAGAUGCAUUCAGAUAACUGUGGAGAUCCAGACAAACAUGAACCCCAAAGCCACUUUGAAGGAGUUCAGGGAAACAUUGGCUCAGGAUGAGAAAUAUCAAAAGAGAAUUAAGGAAAUCCGAGAUGAGGUCGAGGCUUUCGCUGGAAAAUUCCCCAUGCCUGGACUGCCCGAGCUAUGAGUCCAAUCCUAAUUCUCUGUUCGUGACCUGAGCUUUAACUGUUAAAGUAUAUCAGAUUUGCUUGGGCAUUGAUAUGUCUGCUGACCAAAAUGAAAAGAAAAACCCCCAAAACAGGGACUUGUAUGUGACACAGGUGAUUAAAUAAAAGCAAUGUUAAGAGGAA